CAGCUGGAUAUCGAGGUCAAAAUCAGUUUUGCAUCUCGCCAAGCGUCGAAUACAACUCGAUGAAGUGUUGACAUGUGAGAAGUGCUUCUUGCCUUGCAAGAGCAGCUUUUCCGCGCGGUUAAAUGCUCCUAUGGAUUUUCCUUGUCGGCUUUGCGGCGGCGAAUGAGGAAUUCUCAUCGCAACAAAAUAGCACGCGUCACGCCCAGUACCGGGGAUCUCAGGUUCUCCGGGUCAGGAAUGCGACGGAAUCGAUCAGGAAUCUGCUCAAGAGCUUGGAGGGAGAAAAAGCGAUUGAAAUUUGGAAGCAGUCGAAUGUUUUCGGCAAAUUCACCGACAUCUUGGUGCCGAGUUUCACGCUGUCGUUCGUUCGGCAGCAGUUUGAGAACCUGAAUGCAACUUUUCGAGUCAUGAUCGCCGAUGUGGAGUCAGCCAUGCAUGAGCAAAUCGCAAUUGCACCUCGGAAGCAAUCCAAGAAUAAGAAUAAGAAUAAGAAAAGCCGAAGCUACAACUUGACCUUUCAGAGAUAUCACCGAAUCAGUGACAUUUACGGAUAUCUCGAUUACCUCGUGUCGACAUUUCCGUCAAUUUGUUCCAUUGAAACAAUCGGCACUACGAUUCAGGGAAGACAAAUCAAAGUCAUCAAAAUCAGCGGCAGCAACGCCAAAUUCAGCUUUUAUAUUGAAGGCGGGAUCCACGCCCGCGAGUGGGUCUCUCCGGCGUCUGUAGCGUACAUCGUGCGCGAGUUGGUCGAGUACCGCAGCAAAAAUUCGUUUGCGGAGAACGCCGACUACUACGUGUCCCCGGUGGCCAACCCAGACGGCUACGAGUUCACCCACACGAACACCAGGCUCUGGCGCAAGAACAGAAGAGACUCGGAUAAAUCUUGUCCCGGCGUUGAUUUGAACAGAAACUACGGCUACCAGUGGGGCGGCCUCGGGGCCAGCAGACAAUCUUGCGACGAGACUUUUGCCGGCGGAAAUUCCUUUUCGGAACCAGAGUCGCAGGCUGUCAGGGAUUUUCUCACUAAAAUCGGUCCUUCGGUCCAGGCGUACGUUGCAUUCCACAGUUAUGGACAGUACAUUCUCUACCCUUUCGGCUACGACAAGGUUUUAGCCCCGGACUCUGCCGACUUGCAGAAAUUAGGAGCCAAGAUUGCGAAAAAUAUCAGGAAAUCGAGCAAAAAGAAGUACAAAGUGGGAAAUUCGGCUAUUCUCCUUUACGAAGCUUCAGGAGGGGCCGAUGACUGGGCGAAAGGCGGCGUCGGUAUCAAAUAUACCUACACAAUCGAGUUGCGAGACGCGGGCCGCUUUGGAUUUUUGCUUCCGGCCAGCCAGAUCGAGGCAACGGGAAAAGAGGCGUUCAUCGCCAUCAAAACCAUCACGCAAGAAAUCGCAGGAAUAAAAAGGAAAAAGAAAAGCCGAUUUUAAAUGUUCGAAUUUUGGAUUGAAUAAAUUUUGAUGUCGAAUUCCCA